GAUGUAGCAAAUGCUAACUUGCGUGUGCUAAUUUAACGGAGCAGAACCUGAUAGAGCUAACACAUACCUUUAUCGGCGGCCAUUUUGUUUAAUGGCUGCAGAUAAAAUAUAAAAUAUAACCAACAAUGUUCUCUGUGCUUAUCAUCGUCGCAACGACAGCCUUGCUGUUUACAUUCAUUAAGAUUAUACAUCAGAGAAUUUAUGCGAUACCGUGUACGGCUAGGCUAACAGUGACGUGAGUUUAGGUUGGCGAUGCUGACGCGCACUCCUCUACACUGCACGCGCUCAUACAUAUCUACUGUAUAUAUCUAUGCAUACAGAUAUGUAUGGAUGUAUCCUUCCGCCAAGGGGGUCAGGCUGGGGCAGGAAGAAUGCGCCACAUUAAUUAGUCCGAUCGUACAUAUGACAUAGCAGAAUGUCAGCCAGAGGGGGGAAGAAGAAGGCCACCAAACUGUCCCGCUCCUCCAGGGCUGGUGUCAUCUUUCCUGUGGGCAGGAUGAUGAGAUACCUGCGCACCGGCACGCACAAGUACCGCAUCGGCAUGGGAGCUCCGGUCUACAUGGCCGCUGUCAUCGAGUACCUGGCAGCUGAGAUCUUGGAGUUAGCAGGAAACGCAGCGCGGGACAACAAGAAAGGUCGAAUAACUCCCAGACACAUCAAGUUGGCUGUGGCCAAUGACGAGGAACUGAACCAGCUUCUUCGGGGGGUAACCAUAUCAAAUGGUGGGGUUUUGCCUCGCAUCCACCCAGAGCUGCUGUCGAAGAAACGAGGGGCACGAGUGAAAGUGGACAGUCAGGCGUCCGUCCCAGAGAAACAGGAAGAGGUGCCCAAACGCAAGAAGCCUGUAAAGACCUUCAAAAAGGUCAAAGGCAAACGAGGACGGAAGCCAAAGAACACGGACGACAAAGAUUCUGCACCGAACUCCACGGCAGACGACGGUCCUGGAGACGGAUUCACCAUCCUGUCUGCAAAGACGCUGUUCCUGGGACAAAAGCUUUCACUAACAGAGAGCGAAGCCAGCAAGAUCGGAACAAUAAAAGUGGAGGCGAUUAUAAACCCGACAAACGCAGAGAUGGACCUGAAAGACGGACUGGGUCUGUGUUCAGGUAACGCACUAGAAAAAGCCGGAGGUCGGGAAUUCCAGGAUGGAGUGAAGGAGAUACGAAAAACACAGGGACCCCUAGAGGUGGCGUCAGUGGCAAUGAGUCCAGCCAAUGGGAUGGCAGCUCGCUUCAUCAUCCACUGUAACGUCCCUCAGUGGGGGUCGGAGAAGUGUGAGGACCAGCUGGAGAAGACGGUGAAGAACUGUCUGUCUGCAGCCGAGGAGAAGAAGCUCAAGUCUGUGGCUUUCCCUUCACUUCCUGCAGGACGAAAUGGUUUUCCAAAGCAGACGGCGGCUCAGCUCAUCCUCAAGGCCAUUUCCAACCACUUUGUGUCGUCCACCAGCUCAUCCCUGAAAAACAUUUACUUUGUCCUGUUUGACAGUGAGAGCAUCGGGAUUUACCUGCAGGAAAUGGCCAAACUGGACGGCAAGUGAUGAAGAGGAGGACUGGAGGACUGGAGGACUGGGGCAGGAGGAGGAGGAGGAGGUGUGUUGUUGUCAUUUUUUUAAAUGUUGUUUGUUGCUGAUGGUGUAGAAAAGCCACGUGGCUGUAGGUGGAGUUUGGUAUUUUAAGAGAAAAAGAAGAAAGUUCUGUGAGUGUUGUUUUUGUUCCACCUGAUAAUUGAUUUUUAGAUCAAAUAAUUUAAUUCACUCUGUUUUUACAUUCCAUGUACAAAUGAACAACAGUCGUUUUUGUUGGUUUUUUUUUGUGUCCUUGUUUGGCUUCUGUAGUUUCUGAUAAAAGUAGUUUACUAAAAAAAGGAAAGAAAAUAUAAGAAACAAAACACACUGUGGUUUUCAUUUUGCUUUGAAAUAAAAAAAAGAGAUGUUUUCAUCAGACAA